UUCGAGCGAGACAUCAUUCUGAGGCUGGAACGGCCAAACAACGGACCAAGAUGGUGAUUAAAGUGAAACCCAUAGAAGGGGACAUCAGUAUCGUUUCGUUUGACGAUCCCAAGUGGGGGCUCGAGCUAGAGAGCGUGGGACGAGCGAGAACCGCUGUCCGCAUAGAGCAGGACGAGGACAAUGGCUCAAGGGUCCCCGAGCAGCGCAGGAACCGCCCUUUCGGGUUCUGCUCGACGUGGACAUCUACAGUAUCGGACGCCGUUGGGAUCACAGGAAUCAAGUUCAUUGUCAGCAGCAAUUUUAGCUUAUUCCGAAGGCUUGUGUGGACCGUAGCGCUGCUCGGCGGGAUGACAGCCGCAUCUUACCAGAUCAUCGACCGAGCGGUGUUCUUCGCUGGUAACCCGAAGAGCGUGGACGUUGAGAUCGAAUACACGGAACCGAUGACCUUUCCUGCAGUGACCGUCUGCAACACCAACCAGUUCAGGAACCAACAGGGUGCUCUAGAACAACAUCCAUUCGGUCAAUUUUUGUCUGCCUACUACUACGGCGAGAACUUGACCUCGUUCAUACCGACACUGCGAGGUGCCAACACUACCGCCUUGUAUUACGACUUCGCUCACCCGAUGGAAUUUACCGGAAUGCUCAGUUUAUCAUCUUUUGGCGGUAGAGGACCGUUAGUGCCCGCCAAUUUUACGAGUGUUCUGACAAAACAUGGCGUUUGCUACACCUUCAAUGGUGGACUCAAUGGUCAAGAACUGAAGCAACAAAAGGUCGCAGGUGCUGCCCACGGACUUGUGUUACAGCUUAGCAUCGAGCAAUAUUACCACUUCUUCUCGAGGACGGCAUCGGGGGCCGGAGUCUAUGUGGCUGUUCAUGGCCAGGAUGAGAUACCAGAUAUUGACUCAAUGGGCGUAGGCGUCCCAGCAGGCAGAGAUGGCAAGAUCAGUGUUCGGAAGAAAACGACCAUGAGGAAGGACGACGGGUGCUACGAGAAAGAGCUUAAAUACUCCAAGAACUACACGACGAGUAUGUGCCACCUGGAAUGCCUGAUUGAGAUUGUUAACAGGAUAUGUGGAUGCGUAGAACCGUACAUGGCAGUUAUCAGCCAACUGCGAGUCUGUGAUCCCAUCGAGACAUUCACUUGCGCUCAUCACCAAGCAGCCAACCCUAGUAAUGUUGGCCAAUGUGACUGCCCACUUCCGUGUUCCACGACCAAGUACACUACCAGCGCGUCCUACACGGCAUUCCCUGGGAAAUUCUACAGUGCGAGGCUGGCUGAAAGAUAUAGUACUCCCGAGUUCACUUUGCCGGAAAAUCUUUACCAGGAAAAUCUUGUGCAGCUCCAUGUGUUCUAUGAAGAGUUGAGCACUGAGCAUCUGGAACAGCAUAGCGCCUAUACCUUCUUCGCAUUUCUUUGCGACAUUGGGGGCGCGCUUGGACUGUGGCUUGGAGGCAGCAUUCUGACCUUCGUAGAGAUUCUAGACCAUCUGACCCACACCAGCGUUGCCCGUGGUUCAUCUCCGUAUCGCCAUGUGUAAGGCCGGGGAUGCCUGCGUCCAGACGUGAAAGACCUUAUGCCCAACAGGCCACGGCCAUUAGAAGGCAUGAUCAGCUUGAGACUGACUACACCUGUUUUACCGUGUUUAUUCAAUUAGCCUUAUCGUUUUGAGACUGCUUAUAUACAAUUUGUCUAUAAUAUACUGUGAUUUUGGUCUCGUAAUUAAUAUUACAGUAAAGGUUAAGGGUAAAGGGGGACGAACCUGUGUUCACGUGUUGAUCAUGUUCCUUGUUCCGUGUGCAUGGUGUAUGUGCGCCGUCCCUGUGGCCGUCCCCGAUCAUCAGUAGCGCGCCCUCGUGCGCCGUGUCCCGCUAUGAUCGAGAACUGACAUUGAUGACAUCACACGUUGACGCCGAUGUGGCAGGUAAUUCUGUCCC